AGUCAGUCUGUGAGAGAAGAGCGAGUGAAAGAGUUGGUCGGCCAUGGAAACCUGCUGAGUUCUUGUUAAUUUUUUUUUGUCGCCACCGAAAGAGAGAAAAACCGAUGCGUUUCGGGCUGUGAUCGGCUCAGGAGAGGAACCAAAAUAGUGCCUUAGCUGGAUUAUUAUUUUCGAUCGUCAGUUCAACUGUGAAAAGUCUCUUUAAAGGUGGCGGCAUGAGGGGCCGCACAGGCACCCCGAAGCGGCACCAUGAACGUGCCACGCCCUCUUCACUCAUCAUCCUCGUCGCCAUCCUCGUCGCAGGAUUUGUGGCGGGGUCGGAGGCGGCGAGCGGGAGCGCCGUGGUGAGGUCGCGGACGCGGCUGCCGCAGACGGCGGCGGCGACGGCGGCGCCGGUGGCCGAGGCGGCGGCCGUGCUGCGGCAGCAGGUGGCGCAGAAGCGGGCGGACGUGGUGGAGCCGGAGGCGGUGGAGGCGGAGGCGGCAGUGGAGGUGGAGGAGACGACGGAGCCGGAGAACGCGACGACCAAGUCGCCGCUGACGGGGGUGCCGCAGAACGACUACCGCUUCGACCCGAACUUGCCCAGGGAACUCAACGGCCAGAACCUCAGCGACUACCCCUUCUUCAACGCCGUGCCCGAGGACAUCGACUUCAAGUGCGACGGUCUGCACGACGGUUUCUACGCCAGCGUCCAGCACAAGUGCCAGCUUUACCACCACUGCCUGUACGGAACGAGGUACGACUUCCUGUGCGCCAACUACACCGCCUUUGACCAGAGGACGUUCAUCUGCCACUUUGUGUCCGAGGUCGACUGCGUCAACUCGCCAAAGUUUUUCGCAAGGAACGAAGCUCUGUACAAAGCGGACACGACGACGACGUCUAGCACGACCACAACGACCACAGUCGCGCCACCGAGAGAAAGGGACAGAGACAGUGGCGGACGCCGAGGAAACAGAAGACGGCCCCGUCCGCGAAGGCCGUACGACGACGACGACGAUUUCUAUGACGACGAUUACGAUUAUGAUGACGAGCCUCCGUCCAGGAGGAAGCGGCCCAGGAGGCCGAGCAACCGGCAGCGGGACAAGUACUCGGACGAGGACUACGAGUCUCCGAAGCCCAAAAGUCCCUCCGCCGACGAUGCCCCUCUGCCCUCGAAACCAAACAAGGCCGUCUUCGAGAAGCCCCGGGCACCGCCCAAGAUCAGACCGCCUGUCCCGGUGAGCGAAAAGGACAAGUACGCCCGCCCUGGGGACGACGCCACCUCCGAGAAGCCCAAGGAGGAGGACUACGAGGAGGCGGAAGAAGCGCCUGCGCCCGCUUUCAAGAAGAACAAGCGGCCGCAGAAGGAGGAAUCCGAAGAGGAGGAGGAGGACUUCAGGCGAACGCCACCCUUGGGGGCCAACGGAAGGCCCCUGAGGAGGAACCGAGGCCCCGGCAGGAGACGCAGGCCCAGCAUGCGGCCCUACUAUGAUGAAGAGGAUGAGUACAUGGAGGACUACCGGCCCAUGAGAAAGCGGCCGUACAACCGCAGGCCGGCGGCCUUCGACGAGUACGAGGACGACGCCCCGCCCCCUAGGUCAAGGAAGCCCUCCAGGCAGCGUCAGCGCGAGUACGAUGAUGAGUACGAGGCUGAGGAGCCGGAGAGAAGGCCCGUCAAAAAGAGCACCACCACCACCACCACUACAACAACAACGACUACAACACCUAAGCCAACAACCAAAAGGCCGAAGCCGUCGACGACAACGCCGCUUUACGAGGAGGACGAGUAUUACGAGGAUGAGUUUUACGAGGACGAAGAGCCGGUGGUGAAGAAGAAAACGGAGGACGUCACGGUUGCCGCCUCGUCAACAACAACCAGCACUUCCCCGGCACCAACACCCAGCACCAGAAGGCCCUUUGUCCCCAAGCCAAAGCCCAGCACCACCCCUCCCCCGGACACGUCUCUCAAGUUCACACUGAAGAGUCCCGAGGACAAGCAGGGCGAGGACUUUGAGUUCUCCAUCGACGACUACGUCAAGCCAACAACCAGGGCACCUUUCGCCCCCAAGGUGUCUAGGGCUACGAGCACCACCAGCACUACGACGACAACAACAACAACAGCAGCUCCGGUGACCAUCAGGUCUCGCCAACAACCAGUCAAGUCGAGGGUGCCUGUUGAGUACGAAGAGGACGUCGUCCAGUUUCCUUCGAGGAACCCGACCAAGACGGCCGAGUUCGGCAUCUCCCCCAGGAACCCCCAGUCUCGGACUCCUCCGGUGAAAUCACCUGCGACCUUCACCUCCCCUUCCGAGGGCCGAUUCCCGUCCCGAAACAAACCUAGUGCGGUGGACUUCACGUCUCCCGGGGAGGAGGAGGAGUACCGCACCAUCGUCCAACGCAAACCUGAAGUGAAGACGCCGUCGCCACCACCCAGGUCGCGGCUGCCGACGUCCUUCCUGCCGCGAGGCCUGAGCCCCGUGGGCGGCGCGAGGGGCAAGACGACGUCCAUCGCGCCCCCACCCCUGCAGUACGAGGACGAGGAGGACGACGCGUUCAACGACGCGCUGCACCCGACGGGCGCCGGCGACGCCUCGGCCACCGUCAGCUACGUCGCCCAGGGCCGCCUGCCGCCCAUCCGCGGCCCGCCCCAGCGUCAACAACAACAGCAACAACAGGACAGCGUGUACGACGACGACGCGCCCUCGGGCCCCGCGGCGCGCUUCGACCCCUACCAGCGCCAACUCCAGGCCCCCCAGGCCAGGCCCAGGGGAGCGGCCAGGCCGCUGGCCGCGGCCGCCUCCUCGCAGUACCAACAGGGCUGGGGCCGCGACUACUACUACCCCACGUACUGAUUUUGCCAGAUGUGAUACCAAGUGUAAAUAAAUUUAAACGAAAUUCGUACACACUCUCUCUGCGUGCCUUUUUAAGCUAGUGUGUGAUGUGUGAGAUCGAGACAAGCAAGGAGCGCUCGGGCGAGGGACAAAAAGCAGUGACAAAAGUAACUUUGUAAAUACUCUUCGCUUCUCUACUUUCAGCGAAUUGUUUUAAAUUUCACACUGGCACUAUUUAUCUUAUUUGAACCACUCUUGGAACGGGUCAACUGAUUUUGACAAUAAUUGGCAGAAAAAAUGCGAAAAAAAUAUUGAAAUAUCGAAUGUGAUUGUGAAAAUCAACAAUAUCUUGGCCUCUUUUAAAGAUAGCUCACGUGUCGCCAUUACCAAAGAUUUCAGGAAUUAGACGCCCUAAAACUUUGCAAUGCUGACCGAAGUCGCAGGUCAAAGGUCAAGUUCACCUUUCGAAACUUGAAUAUUUAAUUAAUCUGCCAGAGUACCUGGUGGUGAUUUCUUUUUUUAAUUUCAAAAUAGCCCAAAGUUGCCUAAUUUAGUUGUUCACAACAUAUUAAAAAAUGAUGAGACUUUAUUUUCCAGUUUUUCACAUAUUCAGAGUCGAAUGGUAAAAAACGUGUUUUUUUUUUUUUUUUUUUUUUUUUUUGAAAAAUUUAAAUGGAAAAUUUUUUGCAACCACAAUAAAUUUUCUCCCUUUAGAUUUUAAAGGUCACUUGUCACCUUUUAUGAUCUGGUCACAUGGAACGAAAGAAAAUUUUAAGGGGAUAAUUUUGUGUCAUUUCACAUUUUGUCCUGUUUUGUCCUAAAUCCAAGACAAGGAACCUGCCAAUUAGUUUAAAAAUCGCUUGAUCGCGGGCCAAUUAAGAGUGAUUAAAAAUAAAAUAAAGUGCCCAC